AUGCGCUGCACCCCGCUCGGACCUUCCUCUGAGGUAAAAACCUCCGCCUUCCCUCGUUUUUCUUGCCGGGUUUAUCACUACGCGAGCACCGGGGUAUUCUCACAGCCUCCUUCAGGAGCUUUUACCUGGGCACAGGGCGGGCGGAGCGCGGGCACUGCCCCUCCGGUUUACCGCGAGUGUCAGCUCCUUGGAGGGGGCGUUUUUCGGGAGGCGGGGUGCUCGGUGGGCACCAGGCCCAGAGCGCUGCGCCUACCCCCUGUGAAGGCCGCCUGUGGGGGGUUUAACGGCUGCACGCCCCACUUUGCCCGUAGGAACGGGGAAAGACCGCGACGCCAGGAGGACCUUCGUGUAGAUGGUCGUGGCUGUGAAGACUACAGAUGUGCAGAAGUAGAAACAGAUGUUGUAUCAAACACAAGUGGAUCUGCAAGAGUAAAGCUGGGACACACUGAUAUCUUGGUAGGUGUAAAAGCUGAAAUGGGGACCCCAAAGUUGGAGAAACCAGAUGAAGGUUACCUGGAAUUCUUUGUUGACUGUUCUGCAAAUGCUACUCCUGAAUUUGAAGGCCGGGGAGGAGAAGAACUUGGCACAGAGAUAGCAAACACACUCUACAGAGUAUUUAGCAGCGAGAACAGUGUAGACUUGAAAUCACUUUGUAUUAAUCCCAGAGAGCACUGCUGGGUUCUCUAUGUGGAUGUAUUGCUAUUGGAAUGUGGUGGGAACCUCUUUGAUGCAAUCUCAAUAGCAGUGAAGGCAGCUCUCUUUAACACAAGAAUACCCAAAGUGCGUGUUCUGGAGGAUGAAGAAGGCUCUAAAGAGAUUGAGCUGUCUGAUGACCCUUACGAUUGUAUUCGACUUAAUGUGGAUGAUGUGCCCUGCAUUGUCACACUAAGCAAAAUUGGAUAUAGGCAUGUGGUGGAUGCUACCCUUCAGGAAGAAGCCUGUUCUUUGGCCAGCCUGCUUAUUUCUGUGACCAGUAAAGGCGCCCUCACUUCUAUGAAGAAAGUGGGGAAAGGUAGCCUUGAUCCUGAGAGUAUUUUUGAAAUGAUGGAGACGGGAAAAAGAGUAGGCAAGUCAUUGCACAUAGCCCUUCAGAAGAUUUUGGAUGAAGAAGAGAGCUUGGGGACCUCACGGCAGAAAGUUGGAUUUCUAGGAUGAGUUUUUAUUAAAUGUUCAAAACUGGUUUUAAUUGAUUGUGCAAUCUUGUCAGUUUGUAUAUAGAAAAAGGAUAUUUUUUGUUCCAGUACCUUUAUCCUUCUGGCUAAGAGGCUUUUAAAAUGUUACUAAGCAUAAAGCUAGCUACAGUUAAAUGCAAAUGAGCAAAUUUGAGAUACUUUCCAUAUGGGUAACUGUCCACACCUAGGAAGUGCACCAGCAGCGAUUGAUGCAAUUGCCUGGGAGGUGCUUGAGCCUGCUUUCAAGAGUGACUGGUGUAUAUUCCACUUAAUUCUGUUUGUGUGUUCCACUUCUGCAGACCAGCUGCUGUGUUCUAGAACAUAUAUGAGGAUGUCCUCGGUACAGCACAAAUGAGAACAGCGCUUUGUGGAAGUCUUCCUUUAAAUUAUCUUACUUUUCUUUAAAUAAAAUGUGGUUAGAUUUUACUAUAAA